AUGGAUUGUGUCUAUACUCCUGCUUUGGACAAGUUCCUUCCGGAUCUUCACCUCAAAUGUAAAGCAGAAGAUAAUUCACUGAGGAAAACACAAGACCUCCUGCCGAAUCUGGCAGGUCCCCUUGCUAUGAUCUACGAGUUAGUUUCUCAGGCUAGAGAGGAUACCAAACAGUUGGAUACUACUCUAAUCCUCAGUUUUGCUACCAAGGGCCUUCAGUUGCUUGGCAAUGUCAAUAGCCACUUGUCAAGUGCACAGCAUAAGUUUUAGUAAGAUUGGUCAAAAGUAAACUUCACUUUCCAAUUAAAAGUGGGAGAACAAUGGCAAAGAGCUCUUUGGGCAGCAAUUUCCAGCAACGAUUUAAACAAAAUUCUCGCACGUCCCAGCUAUUAUAGCAGUUCUGAAACAGCUAAAACAAUUUCAGCUUUGAGUUUUUUUGCCAAAUCAGAUCUGAUUGGGCACCAACUUCAUAGCCAAACAAGAAUCAGCAGAUCCCCUGAAUCAGAUGGAUCAAGAGAAAGUGAAUCGCAACUGGAUCGACAUGAAGAUGAAUUUUCCAGCAGUCAGCCACAUGGACGGAAGGUGGGAACAGCACAUGAGAACUGUGAGAAACAUUCUCUCAGUGCUGCUUCAAGAGUCUGGAACCCAGUUAGAUCAUGAAAGCUUUGGCACACUGAUGAAAGAAGUUCAGGCAUCGUAAGCAGAAGUUGAGACCUCUCUCAGUAAAUAACAUGUCUCCAAAGGCCCAAGAGCGUUGACACCGAAUCAUCUUCUCACAGUAAAGGUUUAUGUGUUAAUGUCUCCUCCUGGUGUAUUCUUAAUGGAUGACCUUUACUAAGGGAAGAAAUGGCGAAGAGUACAAGACCUUUCCAAUGAAUUUUGAAACACAUGGAGAAGGGAAUUCCUACACACACUACAGAUGCACGGGAAGUGGGUCAAACAGCAGAAAACCCUCUCUAAUGCACACAUUAUUGUCGUGAAGGAUGAUCACCUCCCAAGGAAUGAGUGGAAGCUAGCUUGUGUUGAGCAGACCCUCCCAACUGAUGAUGGCUUCAUUUGAAAGGUGAUCCUGGCCACUGGAGCACAACAUCUUGACAGUCAAGGCAGAAGGACACAAGAAAUUCAGGCUUGGAAAGACUAGUUCACAACUUGGUGCUGACUUUACCUCACGCAUUUUGUCUUGGGUAGCCGACUCACUAACUGUUAAAUUCUGUCAUCAAAUUUGUUAUGUAAUUGCUUUCUAGUUUUACGGGUCUUUCAAGAAUCAGUGAUUCUGCCAGCAAUGUAAUUGGUUUAUCUUUGGAUCAACUGGAACCUAUUAUUGAGCGAAAAGUCGUGCCAUAACAAUAGCAGACAGAAUCAAGGGUAGACAGGGAUUCCUCCAAUCGGAAACUAGACCCAACAGUUUUCGCCUGUCUAAACACCUUGUGGGGUGCUUUGGACGUGGAUUCGUUUGUCACCCGACUGGCAAUCCAACUACCCAGGUUUGUGAGUUGGAGGCCAGAUCCAGAGGUGGAAGCAACAGAUGCUUUCACUCUGGAUUGGUGUCAAAUAAGGGGCUAUGCCUUUCCCCCCUUCAGUCUAGUAGGUCAAUCCCCAUCCCAUUAGAGGGAACAGAAUUCCGAAAUGAUGUCUAGUAGCAUUUAUAUGGGAAACUCAGCCAUGGUACCCUCUUUUACUAGAACUCAGUGUAGAUUUCCCUUGGUUACUCCCAGUGGGCACAGAGAUUCUCAGCAGGGAGGGGUCGCCACACCCUCUUUCCCUUCUCCAACUUUCACUUCAACAGAGCGUGGUUCUGAAUUGGUAGCCCAUGACCUCAGGUCUAGGAACUAUCACCCCAAGGGUGUUGCGUUUAACCUUCCUGAAUUAACUAACUUAAUUAUGCUGAAGGUAUCCUUCCAUGCCAGCUUUUACGUCCAGCCAGCUUUUAUGUCCUUGUGAAUGAAUGCCUUAGGGCCUAUGAAGCGUGCUUGGCUGCCUUCAGACACUUAGACCCUGGAUAACCUAACAAACUUUUCCUGGCUACUAUUAGACCUCACAAACCAGUCAGAUCCACAACCUUAGCCACAUGUAUCAGAAAUCUCCUUUCUAAUUCAGGCAUUGACUCAACCAUCUUUAAGGGUCAUUCUACUAGGGGUGCUACAUCUUCCACUGCCGCUAGAACUGGGCUUUCAGUAAGUGAUAUUACUUGUGUUAUUUUUAGGAUGGCUGACUGGCUGACUAGUCUGGUGACAGCACUGUUCACCUCUUCUAUUACACGCCCAUUCACAAUCCCGAUUUUGGCAGAACUAUUCUUAGUCUUCGUUAGGCUUUGAACUAGCAUUGUUAUAUUGAGGUGCAUUUAAAUCAAAAAUCUUGUCUUGUUCGAUUUGCCUGCUUGGCGCACGCUAUGAGAUUGUGGUCCAGUUCAAAUUAGAUGACCUCUGAGAGUUCACGUUCCUGUUUUGCCUCUAGCAGAUCUAGAACUCUGUGAUAAACUGACAAGUUCGGUAUAAAACACUAUAAGGCAGAAUUAAUUCAACGGCAUUUGAAAGAAAAAAGAGAGUUUGUACACCUAAACCAGAGUGAAAUAGGUUUAAAUUUUUAGGACUACAAUCCUAUCAAAAAAAAUUUAAAACUUGUAUGACCUUGAGGGAAAUUGAAUGUCACCUCACAUCAAGAGACUUUUAUCCAGUCGACUGUGCCAUGUAGCAGAUACAACGUGUGCUAAAAAUCGUACCUGUUUUAGAUGUAAAUAAGAACUGUAUUUUUUCUCAUUUUUCCUAGUGCUUACCUCCAGUUAGAUCCUUCAGUUCAUCCUUGCCCUCAGUUUUGUAUGUCGAGUCUGUAAUUUCACUUUCAUUAUUUCGACAUUUAAUACGAUAAAAACAGACAAUUGAACGUUCCAAAAAUAUUUGUAGAAAGUACUGUUAAGUAUUGAACUUUAUCCCAUCAGGCCGUGGAAGAACUUUUAGCUGCUGACUUCCCAGACUGUGAUGAUGAGUCAAGCUCUUCUUCAGAGGAUGUCUUGGCAGACUCUUCAGAUCAAGACCAGUUUGAUAAUAAUGAAGAACCAGGCUCCUCAGAAACAAGAGUGCAUGACAUUGGCAUUCAGUGUUACUGUCAGCCUGUUACCUUAAGAAGUGUAGCAGUUCAAACUGAGGAUUCCAAACCAAAAAAGAACAAAGCUAAUGUUACCCCCACCCCUAUACAAAAUGAGCCCUACAUGUAUGUCCCACCAUGUGUAGAUGCUGUACAACGGAAAGUUUUGAAGGAUCACACUUAUUCUUUGCCAGCAUGUCCCAGUUCAGUGUUUCCUACUUAUGAUGAUAACUUUUUUAGAACCAUCCCUUUCACUCAAUUGCACAAAGAAGACUCAAGGCUUCAAAAUGAUGAUGACAACGUCAAUGGUCAUGUCAGUGACACAGAUGAUGAAGUUAAUGAUGAAGACCUACAAUCCCGGACAAAACUACUUGAGAAAGUUUUCCCCAUCAUGUCCACUUUCCUACGCAACAAAACUAUUUCCAAAACGACGCCUUUGCGGAAAGAAAACCCCUUCCCCCAAUUCAAUGUUGCUUCCCACAAACGCCCAGGGAUCAGGCUUUCUUUUGAAUACACAACAACAUUGCUUUCAGGGGAAGGGGGAGAGGGAAGAACCAAUACAGCUAUGAUGCUUGGAAAAAUGCUGUCCAAGUAUACAAUUUUCUCAACAGUUUUGUCCAAGAUUGUGUACAGGGUGAUUCGCGUUUUCUCACAAGAAUAUUAGCAAGGACAAAACAAAAACAUGCUAAUAAAAAGCACUUUACAGAAGCUGUUUUGAGUACAAAGUUUCACGCCAGACCAUCUUCUCAAAGAAAAGCACGACCUCAUAUACGUUUUUUGCAGCACCCUCUUUAAAACAGUUAGAUUUCGCAAUAGACAUACAACGCGUGCUAAUUGUUACAUAUUUUCCUGUAGUUCCGGAAUGGAGGGCUCGGAAAAUGUGAAGAGUAAUUUAUCUUUUUCAGAAGAGUCUGAACAAGACUUGUAUGACGGUUCUCUUCCAAGAAAAGGAGUUCAUAGUGUUUAUUUAGGGACAUACUAGUCAAUCUGAUAUGGAACCGUUUCCCGUCACGUGGAAAUUGCUUCUCAGAGCUUAUAAUUGAUUAAACUAUGGGUGUUACAGAUACUUUGUUUGUUAAAAGUCGGUUAACUUUUUAUGAUAAUUCCAUGGAUAGAAUAAUAUUACGAUUAACAAAGCAUUGAAACAGUUAACACCAUUCCAUUUUCAAUAGAGAAUGACCUUCUGUUUCUUAUUAAACUUCCCUGUUAAUUGUUGUUAACCGUUGCUAAUCUUCGCAGCCCCUCAAAAAUGUCCUGUUAAUCGUUCCGACUUGCAGAUAUUGUGGAGAGAAAAAGAUUAGAAGUCAACUAUGGCAACUAUUAUCAUGCCUUGGUUUACAAAUUAUCAAUUUAGGUCAUAAUUUUUCCAGUCAUAUGUAACCCGAAGACAAAACGUGCACUUUUACACAUCACGCGAUAGUACAUCUUGUCACAUUAUCGCGCGUGACAUUUCUAGAUUUCAUAGUGUGUUUCUUUGGACUGGAUAUCGCUACAAUUUCAAAAGUAAGCAUUCAAAUGUGAAAAGUAAAAAUGCAGCUUUUGUAAAUAUUUAAUCCUCCCUCCAUCUAAUGCUUUUAUUCAUUUCAAGUGCUUGCCCAUUGACUACUUCGGCGAUGGGAAAAUUGUUCAAAGUUGUCAGGGCACGAGCUCUGAAAAUUCAGCAAAAGUUUUAUGUGUUAUUUGUUGAUCGAAUCGUAGUAGGUGAAAUUCCCGUUUUCUGCCUAAUCUGCUUGACGAAAACGUCCUUUUCGUCCUCGAAAAGCACAAUGUAUGCCCGCUGCUCUUCACUCAAAGCGCGGGUAAAAACCAUGCAUGGAAAAUGAAUUUCACAAACGUUCUUGACUGACCACUCCAAUCAAGUAAGACAUACCAAUUGAUUUUCUUGUCAUAAACGCCUCUGUUUUCACUCAUUUUGUAUUCAUUAUCUACUUUUCUUUGAAAUGUACUACAUUUAUAAAGAACAGGCUUAUUUGGCUGCGUUAAAGGCUGCAAAUCGCCUUUCCCAGUCAAAUACAAUCCCGGAUAAAACUACUUGAGAAAGUUUUCCCCAUCAUGUCCACUUUCCUACGCAACAAAACUAUUUCCAAAACGACGCCUUUGCGGAAAGAAAACCCCUUCCCCCAAUUCAAUGUUGCUUCCCACAAAUGCCCAGGGAUCAGGCUUUCUUUUGAAUACACAACAACAUUGCUUUCAGGGGAAGGGGGAGAGGGAAGAGCCGGUACAGCUACGAUGUUUAGAAAAAUGCUGUCCAAGUAUACAAUUUUCUCAACAGUUUUGUCCAAGAUUGUAGAUCCCCACUGGAAAUUUCCCCCUAAAGGAAAACACUAUGACGAUGAUGAUGAAGAUGAUGAUGAUGAUGAAGAAUCAGAAGAUGAGUUCCCAGAAACCCCCAGCAAUGAAUAA